AUGCCGAUUGCCAGUGAGAGCAGUAGUACCACCACCAUGACCACCUUCUCCGCCCCGGUCCCCGCUACCAAAUCGUUGCCUACCAACCAGUCGGCACUAGCGGCCUCCUUCACCAACUUCCUUACCGUUUCCGUUCACCAAAUACUAUUCCUGCGCUCCGUCUAUCCGCGCGCAACCUUUCUUCCCGUUCGGGCAUACAACUACCCCGUUCGGCAAUCCCGUCACCCGAAAGUGUGUGACUAUAUCAACGAUGCAUCGAUCGCAGUCGGAACGGAAAUCUUAAAAGGCACAAUCACCGCAGUCAGUAUCAUCAUUUCGUCUCUUCGCACAAAUCAGCCCCUCGAACGAUAUGCCUUUGAUCUGUCGGGCUUCCCGCGUGCUCCCGCGGGAGAGGUGAACACCACAUUUGAAGAAAGAGAUGAGGAUUCAUCCAUGCCAGGUGCCCCUGUUACAGACCGGGGCCCCGCACCGACGUCGGUCGACCUUGAGGCGCAAUUUCGGGCCUGUCUAGCGAGACUCGCUUCUGCCUGUGCCCGACUGACCCCAUUGCCCCGCGAUGACGAGUUCAGCUUCACCGUCUGCAUCGAAGUGCGCGAAGACGCACUACCACCCGCGGGAACUACCAAGGAAGAACAGACCUGGAUUGUCGCGGAGCCAGGAAAGGUGCACUUACGAUCGUGCACAGCACCAUUCUCCGUAUCUAAAUUGCGGAACGGUGAGCCCCAGCAGCCGCCCCCCAAGGUCUCGAAUGGCCGUGCCAAAACAGUACCAGUACGACGUGUCGAAGCAGGAGAGCUUCGAUUGGAAUUGUGGGUAGAAGAGGCACGGCAGAAGUUCAACGAACCGGUGGACUCAGAGCAGCCACCUUGA